CAACGAGGUGUCGUUGCGAUAGUCAACGUUCACAAACACAAUCAAGUUGCAACUUGACACAAUAUUAAUGAGAGGCUGCGUGGGAAACAUAAUGCCAAAAGAAGAUGCAAGCGUUUAAUUAAACCGGCUUGGUUUCCAACCCCAACAAUGGUUUCUUCAACACAAUUUGAAGAAGCAACUACAGCGAUUGUGGAGCCGACGGAAUCUCCAGAGCGGGACCCCACUGAAGACGAGGAUAUGGAGAGUACUGAAAGCGAGGCUGGGUCUUCCAAGAUGACCAUAGAGGAGAGAAAGGCCAAGAUGGACCAGCUACGAAAGAGAUUGGUUGCCUCUUCUCGAGCAAAUCGUCAAUCACUAAUAGAGGAAAGUACCAAGCUGAAGGUCACAGCUCGUGACACAGCCCGACUUGAAAGACAGAGGAAACUUGCGGAGACUCUUCGGGAGAAGGCUGAUGCCGAAGAGCGGGGCGAAGACGUUAAUCGCGCUAAGAAUUGGGAAUAUACGAUCGAAGAGAACGAUGCUUGGGAGAAAAAACUUGCACGCAAGAAGCGGAGAGCCGAUUUCGAGUUUCAUGAUGAUGCUCAUGCUGCUCGUCGACGGUAUAAGAAGGACCUUGACCUCAUUAAACCAGACCUCGAUGCCUACAAUAAGCAGAAGGAGGUCGCUAUGGGGCUAGCUCCCGGCACGCUCUCCAACUUUAAUCCUAAAGCAAGCCCUCUUUCGUUGCAAGUCUCUACCUCCUCCCUCGAGCAGCAGCUCGCCGCCGACAAUCUGUAUCGAGAUGCCAACACCCUCAUGUAUGGUGAUAACAAGCCUUCUGAGGAUGCUAUCGACAGAAUGGUGUCCAAAAUCAACAAAGACAUCGACAAAAAGGGCAAGUUCUCACGCAAGAGGCCUAAUGAGGACGAAGGGGACAUUACCUAUAUCAAUGAACACAAUCGGGUGUUCAACAAGAAGAUUGCACGGUACUACGACAAAUAUACUACAGAAAUACGUGCUAGCUUUGAGCGCGGUACUGCGUUGUAAUAUCUUCUUCUGGUACAAUUACACUCCACAGAGUACUUACCUGGUACAUCUACAUAUAUGUGUAGUCCUUGUAUACUUACAGUAAAUUAUAAGCAGAAGUAUGUACUAGUCAUCUUCUGCACAGGAUUCAGAUUACUGUCGGCUUCUACUUGAAAAAAAUCAAGCUUCAAGUAGUCAUAUUCAAGUGCUACCA